UAUCAGAGGUUAGAGCUGAUUGGCAAAGGAGGAUCGUCAAAAGUGUUCAAAGUGCAGCUUCUCAACUCGACAAAGGUAUUUGCGCUCAAAAAAGUCACGUUUGACGAGGUUGAUGAGGCGGUUGUGAAGGGAUUCAAGGGUGAAAUCGAGCUGCUGAGAAAACUCAGUGACGAAGAGCGAGUGGUGAAAUUAGUCGAUUUUGAGAUUCUGGAUGGGUUUGUCAAUAUGGUUAUGGAGUGCGGCGAGAUCGAUCUUGCGCAUGUGCUUGCUGCUAGACUCAAUAGUCCGCUCGAUAUCCCCUUUGUUCGGUUCCACACGAUUGAGAUGCUGAAAUGUGUCGAGGCUGUUCACAGACACGAUAUCGUACACUCUGAUCUCAAACCAGCAAACUUUCUCUUUGUCAAAGGGAUGCUGAAAAUCAUCGACUUUGGAAUCGCAAACGCAGUGCCGGAUUACACGAGCAACGUCCGGCGUGAGACGCAGAUGGGUACCCCGAACUACAUGGCCCCGGAGACGAUGGUCGAUGUCUCUUCGGUCGAAGGCAAGCGUAUGCUUAAGGUUGGUCGGCCAUCCGACGUGUGGAGCUGUGGCUGCAUCAUCUACCAGAUGAUUUAUGGCCGACCGCCGUAUGCAGCCUACAGCGGCACCCAGCGCAUGCUUGCGAUCCUGAACCCCAAGAUCGAGAUCCAGUAUCCCGAAACCGGCCUUGGCGGCGUAUCCGUUCCCAAAGAGGUGAUCACGACCAUCAAGGGCUGUCUUGACCGAAACCCGGAGCGACGGAGCCGCAUCUCUGAAGUGCUAGACGGCGAAUUCCUCAAGCCGCGCGCGAUCUCAAAGGAGAUCCUGCGGUCGCUGAUCGUGCAGUCUGUGCAGUACGGAGUCGAUCAGCACCGGAAGUUGGGCGAGGGGAUCAGUUCGCGCGAGUUGGAAGGGCUGACGGACGACGUGUGGAGGAAGAUCGGGUUGCUUACUAGUAAUACCUGA